GUGUGUGUGUGUGUGUGUAUCGUGCUUUUUCUAGUUUACUACCGAAGAGGAUCUGAAAUGGAUCGAAACAUUUGAUAUCUUUAUGCACGAUCGUUUCUUAGAUAAUUAUUAGUUACAAAUAUUUAUAUGCAGCUGACUCUGAUUGACUUUUGCACUUGUAUCAUUUUAUCGCGAACAGCCUUUUCAACUUUCCAUUUACAAAUAUCUGUAUUUUCGAUCUUCUUAGCGGCACAGUUUCGUCCAACAAUAAAAAUGAAGUGCUUAUAUAUCAGUAUUGUGCUUCUUACAUACAAUUAUAUGAUGAUACCUGGCCAGGAUCUUGCAUUUCCGAUUGAUGAAGAAACGUCCCACGUCAGCGGCGGCAAUUCCACGGCGAUAACGGAACGUAUACCCGUGUCGAUACCAGACAGUUGUCCGAAGAACAUGCUUCUUUAUCCGGGUGACGGUGCGAGAAACGCCUGGGUGUGCGACUGUAGACCACGAUUCUUAUAUUUCCCAUUGAACGAUUCCUGCCACGAGGCCUACAGACAAGGUCCUUGUCCGUCCAAGAAUUACGUCAUUCUUCCCGAGAACGAGGCAGUGCCACGUUGCGUGGAGAAUCCUUGCUUGGAAGACGGCGUGGUACCGUACAACGAUACAUGUUAUCCUCUCAAAACGUUAGGCGGCCCUUGCGCGCCCGAUGGGAUAAUAGGCGUGAACGAAACCACUUUCCAAUUGGAAUGUGUAUCAACUAACAUCGCGCCUUUUGUGAUAAUCAACAUUCCUCCCAGAAGAUCGUGUCCACCAGGUAGUCGUAGAAGCACACUCGGAGUAUGCACAAAAGUACAAUCACGUUAUGCUUAAACGAGUCUCGUCGCUAUUUCAAUCAUUUAUUUGCAUUUGGUCAUUUUGUAUGAUUUGUAACAUGCAAGAUACAUUUGCAAUGUUAUAUGUAUUGAAAUUUCCAGGGUUAGAUAUAGUACAUUUUAUAUUAGAUUGGGUCAGGAUAUAAUUUUGAUAUAUUACAUUAUAGUUUAUAUAUAUAAUUAUUAUUCAUAUAUAAUAUAAACAUAUUUAAAUAUUUUUAAAUUUAGGCUCUUGUAACAAGGAUCUCUCCUUCAAAUUAUAUAUUCAAACUCAAAAGAUCCAAUGACUUCAUGCAUUAUUAUAUAUAUAAAAUAGAAUCAGAAAAAUAUAGAGAAAUAUACAAAAUAAGCAAUUAUAUACAUCAACUUUUGUUACUUAUUAUACUAAAACUAUGUUUCAAUUUGUUCAUUACAAAUGGAAAUACUUAUAUUGUAAUAUCAUAUAUACACA